CUUUAAUUUUAAAGCGUAAUGGAAUAGUCAAAUGUAAUUAUAGGAGAUAGAAACAAUGAUAAUUCAUCUUCAGAAGAAAUAGAUUUGGAAUUACAAGAUGAUGAAGUAAAAUAAAUGGUAAUAAAGUAUAGACAUAGGUCAAUUAGGAAUGCCCUUAAGAACAAUAAGUCUUGAGUCAUUUAUUGGAGAUAGGAGAAUAUAUAGAUUAUUUGGAUUCAAAUACAAAUAAAUGGAUAGUAAUGAAAAUUGUGGAUAUUUAAAACUCAAAUAUAAGACUUUAAUCCCCUUCUACUUAAAAUACAUUUUGGAUAUAAUUUUAGUAUGAAAUAAUUCGUAAAUAAUGGAUUCCUGGAGUACCUUUAUUGAAUACAAGAGUUGAAGUUUAUAAUUUAAAUAAAGGUUGGUUAAUUGGUAUUGUUGUACAAAUAGAAAAAGACUUAGCAUUAAUUCAUCAUUAAGGAUAUAAGAGGAUAUAUGAUUAGAAUUAUUAAUUGAAAGACAUACAUCCUCUUGGUUAGAACUCAAAUGAACCUGGAAUAGGUAAAUUAUUAAAAUAAUAACCAUAAUCAAUUCUAAGAUUGUAGCAUCGUUUUAAUCUUUAUCUUUAAUUAUAAAAUCUCUUAUCAAUGCGUAAAAAAUAUAAGGAAAUGGAGACAUCUUUAUAAUCAAUAUUGAGUGAAUAAGGAAUGUUAAUAAGAGAGGUAUAAGGGGAUGGCAAUUGUAUGUUUAGAGCCAUAAGUGAUUAAUUAUAUGGAAAUGAAAUUUAUCAUAAAGAACUGCGUAAAUUUGCCAUGCAGUAUAUUUUAUAAGAAAAGGAUUAUUUCUAAGAUUAUAUAAUAAAUGGAAAUGUUGAAGAAUAUGUAGAAUAUAAAUCAAAAGAUGGAGUUUGGGGAGAUAAUAUUGAACUUUAAGCUUUUAGAGAACUUUAUGAUAUUCCCAUUGAAAUUUAUGUUUGUAGUAAAGAGCCUUUAAAAACUGGAUUAGAAGCUAAUCCAUAUAAUAAGGAGUAAUUAUUAUACUUUAUUAUUUAGACCUAUUAGAUUGUCAUAUCAUGGAAGGUCUCAUUAUAACUCUAUUAAAUUAAAAGAUAAAUAACAUUAUGCUUUAUUAGGAAGUUUAGAAAUUAGUUAAUAUGAAAAAUAAAUGUUUGAAAAAUUAUUAGAACAAAAAAAUAAGUAAAGUGCAAACAAUAAUAAUAGAUAUGGAUAAUAAUUAUCUAGAGCUUAAUUUGAAAAUUGUAUUAGUAAUGAACUUGAUAUUAUUUUUAAUGAAUCUAAACGACUAUUUUAAGAUUAAUAGCUUAAAAAGUAUUUUAGUUAAUUAUUAUUAGUGAAUAAACUGCUAUAAAGGAAUCUUUAUAAUAAUUAGAAUAUGAAGAAGAAGAAGAAUAACUUAUGGAUAUGGUUAUUAAGGAAAGUGUUUAAGAUGCUUAAUUUAAUUAAUAGUAUCCUAUUUAAUAACAAUAAAAAUAAUAAUAAUAAUAACAAUAAUAAUAAUAAUAACAAUUUUAAUAAUAGCAAUAAAAAUAAUAACAAUAAUAACAAUAAUAACAAUAGUAAUAAUAGUAAUAAUAGUAACCGAAUUUGGAAAGUGAAAUAUUGAGAAAAAUUAUGGAAUAAAGCAAAUAAGAAUAAGAAUAAUAGUUUAUGUAAUAAUUUGAAGAUACAUAAUUUUAAAAUGCUUUAAAGGAAAGUGAAAAAACAAUUUAUGAGGAUCCCAUGAAUAAUCCAAUUAUUGCCUAGGUUAUGGAUAUGGGAUUCUUUACGCUUGAAUAAGUAAUAGAAGCUUAUGCAAUCCAUAGAGAUGACCCAGAUAUGAUCAUUAAUUAUCUUUAUGAAAAUUUCUAAUGA